AUGGUCGCCGAGCGGGUCCCCAUGGUCGCGACGGACUCCGGUAGUAAUUCCCAGUCGCGAGGUAUGCCCGGUUUUCGUCGCACACCAGCAGGGAUCGAAUGCUCGGGAUCCGGUCGCUUUCGCUUCAGCCCCGGCCUAGCGAGUCGGGGAAAACUCAAAGGCUGCACAAUUCCGAUACCCGAUGUCGACCCGAGAUCGGUAUACAAAGAAGGCUCAGAUGGCCCUCGUUAUAUUCGGUGGAAGGAUGACCGGAAUAGAGUCAACAAAACACAGAACCCCGGACUUAGCCGGAAGGAGCGGGUAGUCCGGAAUGGAUUGGCCACAGAGAGGGGUCCGGCCAGUGGAGGCAGAGCUCUCGCACAGUCGAUAUCUGUCGCAAACCAGGACGUUAUCCCUAGCUCGGGACAAGAAAUGUAUAGGAACAUGCCUUCUGAGGACCCACGGCCAUCCUCAAUAAUGCAGACGUCUGUUGGGCAGUGGAUCGCACCAGUCGAUUACAGAACCCGCGAAUCAUUCGACUACUUCGCGAAACACGUCGCUCCUGUCAUGGUUGUUCUUGAUAUAUCGAAUGGCUACCGGGACAUUAUCCUGCCCAUGGCUUUUGAAGACAGCCUUCUACAACAGGCCGUUGCUGUUGUGGCCGCGCAGCAUCUUGGCUCCCGACACCCCUCAUGUCGAGCGGCGACCGAGUCCAGCCGGUCGGCAAUAAUAUCUCGCUUACGACGUGAUUCUCAGCUUGGUUCGCCCGAUCUCGUGUUUAAUUCAUCCACUUGGGCAACUCUGAUCGUGCUACUUGUUGGGGAAACCGUCACCGGAAGCUCCGAGUAUAGCCACCUGUUACGGACUCUCCUCACCCUGGCCCAAAACAUGAAAUCCGUCGGAAAUACCGAGCUGAGAGAUUUUCUCACAAAGCAGACGGACAUGUUUGCGUUCCUAGGACAGCCACUUUUGAACGAAAACCUGGGCGCGGAGAGACUUAGAAAUCCGGUUGAUCCAAGUGUCUGGAUGGCUUCGAGAGUUAACGCUGAUUCGCACCAUCACAGGACAUUGUCACUUGUCAGGAAAGUCUUCUCAAAGGGUGCACAGAUAUAUCUUCAGCGUGCGACUACAAGCCAAAGCUCGUGGCAUGUUUUGGAAGAGCUGCGCCAGCUUCUUUGUCAGAUGAGCCCCACGGAGCCAGGUGCCCAUGGCUUCGUAUGGUCAUGCUUCAUUGCAGCAGCGGAUAGCGUAGAUCCCGAGCACAGAGCUUUCUUCAGCGACUAUCUGAAAGGCGUAUAUUCACGAACAAUGUUCGACAAUAUCCCUAAAGCUCUUGACGCCCUACCUGCCAUUUGGGAUCUGCAGGUUGCCGGGUUACCUCCAAUUUGGGCUGAUACACCCGGUAACAGCCCCAGUAAAGGUGGAAUAGUCAACUAUCCGAUCGGACUAAGUGAGCCGAUUACAAAUGUGGGUCACCAUACAUUGACGGCCUCAGGUGUCCAAGAUGCUCGUCUCCACUUUCCAUGUAGAAAGCAAGUUCACUUGGAUGGUUUAAAUUCAAGCUCGGGAGUCCCCGUAAAAAGGACAGAGGGAAUGGCCGGAGGUGCAUGUGAAACGAAGAAAAUCUACAGGAGAGAGGAAAACUCCGAUAGAGCUCGAUCCGCUGCGAGGGCCAGAAAGGUCGCUGCUACGGAUUAUCACGAAGGCCGAGCUGAUAUUAUUUUCUCUCAAGUUCUAUAUAUAACAUUAUAUCCUGCUUCCCACGAUACUGAUGGGAAUCACUACUACCAUACCAUGGGAAAGGACCGACACUUCACAUUGUCAGCCUUCUCGGCAAUUCUCUGCUCUUUUCUCGAUAUUACUCGUAACAUGCGAGGAACCUUACAAUUCUUGUACACUCCACAACAGCUUGAUUCUCCAAAUGCUAAGCUGUGCCUCUUCGCCAGGAAACCAGCUUGUCCAGCUGCUACCCUGAAAGUCUCGUCAUUGACUUCGGACUGCACACCUGUUGACAGGCUUGUUAUUUCUAUUCUCAAUUACCCCUGGCUAUCAGUCACCAAAACCGGACCUUCUGCCCAUGAGUCCAAUAGUUCAAUCCGAUCUCAACCCUUAUCUGAAAAGGGGAGAUCACGCGAUUCCCUCUUUUCUAUGACCCAGCAGGGACUGUCAUCAUACAGUGCAGUUGAAACGACCGCGAGAAUUGGAACACUAGGAACUGACAUUGAAUCAGUGUCUGCCUCGCAGGGACAUAUGAAUGAGAAAGCUCUGAACCAAGGUAUGGCACAGCUUCUACCUGCCCCAAAUAAAAACUUGUCGACAUUCACUAGGCCACAUGAUGUUCAUCUACCAUGGCAAAUCCUGGCUUCUGGUUGUCUGCCCAAUAUUGCGUCUAAUGUGGUUCGGCUCUAG